AUGGCCAGUCAUGAUCAGGAAUUUGAAGCUUCCGAUCUUUUGAACAGUUCAUUCUACUCUUCCAAUUCCAUCAAUGCUCUGGAGCAUUCAAGAACUUUCAGAAAUUCAUUGCUAUUAAAGGAGAUGUCAGAUAAUUCUUUAAAUAUGUCUGUAAGUUCCAUGCAGGAUAUGAAUCACAAUCAAAGUUCACCAUCAAAAAGAGACGAACGUAACAAUGUCAAGGAUUUGGAUUCUUCUAUGCUUAGGGGUAAUUCUAGGAAAGACGAAGUACAAACUGUAAAUAUGACUACUUCGCCAUCCUUAAGUGCAUUAUCUGAGAUUUUAAGUGAAAAAUCUAAAAAUGCAGAAAGAAUGAUGAGAACUAGUAGAAUUUUUGAAAAUUCUAUAGUGGAAGAAGAAGAAGAGGGUGAAGAAGAAGGAGAAGGAGAAGGAGAUAUAGCUAAUGGAGGCAUAAAAGAGAACAAUGUGGUAGUAUCAUCUCCAAACUUAAUUGAUAUGGGUGAUUCCCCAAACGGGAUAAAAUUUACCAACAUAAAAUCUGCCACAACAGUUGAACAACCAGAUUUCUUAACAACACCGAAAGUUGAACAAAGUGUUCCCAGGAACCAGUUACCAAAUUAUAUAAUACCAGAAACAUUAAAUGAAUUAGAAGAAACUGAAACUUAUGAAACGGUGGUACAACAGAAUAAUACUAAUAUUAAUAAUAACAAUAAUUACAAUAAACGUCACAGUGUUAAUCUUGCAACUAUUGGUAAAGAUGUGAUCUCUACAAAGAAAGAUGUAAAUAAUAAGAAAACAUCGUUGGAAACCCAACCCAAAAAUAAAAAUGUUGAUGACGAACAAUCUUCUAAAAACACAUAUGCAGAAAUUAUGAAAGGUGUGUCAUCUAAACAAAGUCAACAACAUACCUCUAAAAUUGAAAUGAAAAAGACAAGAUCAAAUAAACAGGACACAGUAAAAAAGAAUAUUGAAGUUAAAAAUAUAACUCCUCCUGUAACUACCCAAAAGAAGAAGAAAAGUAUAUUUUCAUUUUUGAAAAGGAAGAACACGAGGUCCAUUUCUGAAACAAUUGAAGUUAAAUCAAGUAAGGCUGGUAAAGAAUUAAAUAAAGGAAUGCCAACGUCUGCAACAUAUUCUCAUAUAUCAUCACAUAUGGAAGAAGAAUCUGAGCCAACAGAAAAAAUUUCCAAAAAAUCUCAUAGCAGCAAUUCUUUAUUCAACACUUUACGUCGAAAAUCUAUCGGACCGGAUACGUUAAAUGUUCCUAAGGCCCAAAUAGGAAACAAUGUAGAGAAUUCAAUGAUUAAACAAGUUUCAGAUGUAUCUAAUGUGACAGAAGGAAGUCUAUUAUCCGUGACAUCAUCACCAACAAAGCCAGAUUCGGUAACAAUUGCUUCUUCGACAGCUUCUCCACAGAAAUCUAUAGAUAAAAAUUUGCAUAGUAAACAAAAUAGAAGGAAUCCAACACCGUUAAAUUUUGAAAAUACAUUAAAUACUCCAUCAAAUGAUUUAGAAUCUGAAAAGGAAUUGCUGAUUAUCCCUACCUUCGAAAUUCCUAGUUUCCCUGAUAGUUCUCACAAAAGAGAUUCUGGUGAAGCUUUCUUUCCUAAAUUAUUGGACGCUGACGAAAUUGACUCAAUCGUAAAAAUCGAAAGAAAUAGAUCUCAGCGCUCAGGAAGUUUAAGAAGAAGAUCAAUGGAUACAUUGUCAGUUCAUGCACAAAAUGAGGGUAUGACUGUCACCACAGCAUCGGAUAUCGUUUUAUCUACGCCUGAUCUAACAAAGAGUCCCACAAGUAGUAUUUUAAGGAGCGGAAGGUUUGAUAGAAUAGAUACUUUCCCUUCAAAUAAUUUGCAAUCUGAUAUUGACGAUGCAUUUGAUACCAAUAUUAUGGAAGACAACCAAAAUUUAUUAGCUUCUGUUGAAGAAAAAUUAGAUCAACUAACCAAUGAUUACAGGAAAGAAAAUAUAUAUGAUUCCCAAAUACAAAAAGAUCUUGAACAAACAGAUACUGAAAAGGUUGAUGUAAAUGACGAUCCUGAACUAAUGAGUGACAUUAUGGAAUUUGCAGAUUUAAUUAAUUUUGGAGAGGGUAUUGAUCUGGAUGUGGAUAUUAAUCAAAAUGAUGAUAUACCUGAAGAGCCCUUUAGAUCAACGUUAGCUCCAGCAUAUAUUGAUAUUGAUGUUACUAAGAAUGAUAUAGAAAACGAUGAUGAUAAUGCAUUAUCAGAUGGUGACUAUGAUAAUUUCAUUUCUUCAGAGCAAGAAGGUUUGGGUAUACAAGUGGAUCAAAAUGAAAAUAAUGAGUUUAAUAUAAAUAGUGAAGAAUUUGAUCAUGAAGAUUUUAAUGAUAUUGUUGAAGACCACGAUAUGCGUGAUAUCCCACCACAAAGGAAGCACAGUAUACUGGACUCAGAUUUCGAGAGCAACGAUAGACCUAUAUCUAUGUCAUUCAGGGGACUAACUGGUCCUUCCUUGAAUUCUACCUUGAUGAAUGACUCGAACGAAUUUCAAGAAUUAGUUGUACCAGAGAUGGAAGAUGAACAAGACCAAGCUAAAGCAGGUGUGACAUUUUCUGCAAGUAUUAUUUUAUACGAAACAUAUGGUGAGUUUGAAUAUGAUAGACAUCCAGAUAUUGGUACCUGUAACCAAUUAACACCUCAAUUGGCGCAAAUGAUUAAGGUAGAAUUGAACGAGUUGAAAAGUUCAAUGGAGGUUCAUGAGUCUUCAAAAUGUUAUACGCAAUAUUUUUAA